UUCUAUCAUGUCAAAUCCAUGAUGAUAUUAUGAGUAUAGGUAUAGCUCAGAUAAAUGUGGUGCAUGACACCGUUCUUCUUACACAGCUAUUUAAAGUAAACUGUAGACUUUGGUGUGGUCUGCUACUCUUUGCACCGUUAAAAAAGAUUCACUUCAGCACUAAAGGCAAGAGAUCAAAGAAUAGGGAAACACCACUAUAAGGUACGAGACAAAGGAAUUAGAUGGUGAGCGUGGAGGUAUAAAUACACACACAUAAAUGGAUAGUAUGUACAGGAUCACUCUUCCUGCUUCAUCGCUGUGUAUGAAUUUACCCCUUAAUGUCAGUAUAGAGAACUGCUAAAAGUGACCUCUUGAGAAAUACAACAUUAAAAAGAGGAAGAAAAGAUAUUGCAUGUGUCUGUGUGAGAGAAAAACGUAGACAAAAAACUAAGAAAAGAGAAGUGACACAGGAAGUUGAGUGGCUUGUGGUAAACAGCUCAUAGCAGUAGCAGUGAGAUGCUUAGUGCUGUGAUGUACAGAAGACCUUGAACCUUGACAACAUAUCAGUGUUCGACACUCAGCUCUGUGCAAGUGUUUUCAGUGUGAUCCCAGAACAACAUUUAAACAUUCUUUUGCCUGUCACGAAUACUGUGAGAAGUGACUGAAUUAUUUUAACUUCACAAACAUGGGAAACAGUGGAGAGGAGGGAAAACUGCACAGAAAACUGUCUCGCAUAGGGAGCAGGAGUCAGAGAGAACCACCAAGACCUCCACCUCAAGCGGAAAGGCCUCCACCUGCCACCCCACCCAGGCAACCUGAGCCUGCUCCAAAACCUCCAGAGGCGGCUGCAAAACCUUUAGAGCCUGCUCCCAAACAGCAAAUGGUCUCUCCAAAGCCCCCUGACCCCUGCUUAAAGCCUAGUAUUCCUCCCAAACCUCACAUACAGGUGUUCAAUAGCACAGAGCAUGGAAAUGCCAUACUCAAGGGUCUGGAUAAUUUUCGCUGUGACAGAGCCUUGUGUGAUGUCACUCUGGUGCCUGGCGAUAGCACUGAAACCUUUCCAGUUCACAGAGUGAUCAUGGCUUCAGCCAGUGACUACUUCAAGGCCAUGUUCACAGGUGGAAUGAAAGAACAGGAGCUGGCUGAAAUUAAACUACAUGGUGUGAGCAGCACAGGCCUGAAGAACAUUAUUGAGUUUAUUUAUACCUCUCAGCUAAGUCUGAACUUAGUCACCCUCCAGGACACUCUGGAGGCUGCCAGUUUCCUCCAGGUGCUUCCAGUUCUCAACUUCUGCAAUCAGCUACUUAGCAGUGAGGUCACAAUAGAAAACUGCGCAGAAGUUGAGCGCAUUGCUAAUGAUCUUCUCCUGGAGGAUGUCCAGACCCACAUACACAACUUUGUCUGUGAGAAUUUCUCAGCUCUAGUGCAGAGUGAUCGUUUUCUGCAGCUUUCUGAGGCCAGCAUUGCGUAUGCCCUAUCAAGUGAUUCACUGAAAGGAUUCUCAGAGAUGGAGCUCUAUCGCACUGCCCGUGCUUGGCUGGCACAUAAACCCAGCGAACGCCGGCCCGCAGCCUACUCCUUGAUGCGCCACGUUCGCUUCCCCCUGAUGAGCCCUGCUGAACUCCUACAGAUAUCUCAGGAGGACCAGAUUGAUGAGACAAGUGAUGAGGAAAAAGACGGCAAGGAGCCAUUCAUGCGUUCUGACACAGCUUGCGUGAACCUACUCCUGGAGGCUAGCAACUACCAGAUGCUGCCGUUCCUUCAGCCAUCACUCCAGACCGAGAGGACUCGCAUUCGUUCAGACACAACACACCUUCUGGCUCUGGGUGGGGUGAUGAGGCAACAGUUGGUGGUGAGCAGGGAGCUUAGGCUGUAUGAUGAAGAAGGAGGAGGCACCUGGAGGGCCCUCCAGCCAAUGGAAGUGCCUCGCUACCAGCAUGGAGUGGCUCUUUUAGGGGGCUUCCUUUACAUUGUAGGAGGGCAGAGCACUUAUGACACAAAGGGUAAGACAGCAGUGGACAGUGCGUACAGGUACGACCCUCGUUUUGACCGCUGGUUGCAGGUGGCCUCCCUGAAUGAGAAGCGGACAUUCUUCCAUCUGAGUGCCCUGAAAGGGAAGCUCUAUGCUGCUGGGGGGAGAAACGCCACUGGCGAGAUUGACACGGUGGAGUGUUAUAACCUGAGCAAGAAUGAGUGGACCUUUGUUGCGCCCAUGAGUGAGCCUCAUUAUGGCCAUGCUGGUACAGUACAUGGAGGACUAAUGUAUGUGUCAGGGGGAAUAACGAGAGAUGCUUUCCAGAAAGAGUUGUCUUGUUAUGACCCACACACAGACUUGUGGAGUCGUCGUGCAGACAUGAUGGAGCUCCGUGGACUCCACUGCAUGUGUACUGUAGGAGACCGACUCUAUGUUAUGGGUGGAAACCACUUCCGUGGAACAAAUGACUAUGAUGAUGUCCUCACUUGUGAAUACUACACUCCUGAUAUUGACCAGUGGACAGUGGUGGCUCCAAUGCCCCGCGGUCAGAGUGAUGUUGGUGUGGCCGUGUUUAAAGGCAGAAUCUACGUGGUCGGAGGCUACUCUUGGAACAGUCGUUGUAUGGUGGACAUUGUGCAGUGUUAUGACCCUGAAAAGGAUGAGUGGGAGAGGGUCUUUAAUGUGUUGGAGCCUUUAGGUGGUAUACGUGCUUGCACCAUGACUGUACAUCGUCCAAGUGGGUCUGUAGAUGAAGCACAAAUACAGGAAUGUCCGCUCCAAACAACUAAGAGCUGAGGAACAGAGGAAAAAUGUUUUUACAUGUCUGAGUCAUACACAACAAUACUAUAUAUAUAUAUAUAUUUUUUUAUUUGAAUGGAAUGAACAGCAUAUGAUAUAUACAUAACGCUUACUUACAUAAUGUGGCUCUAUGAAAUGAAUCCCAGCUUAUUUGAUUCGUGUGGACUUUUUCAUAUGGACACUUUCUUUUGUACCUACUACUGAUCAGGAGUACAAUAUGGACAAUGAGUUUUGAGGAACAAGCUUGAAACUGUGAAUAUUGUUUAUGUGCAUUGUGUGUAUUAAGUUACUUUUUUUACUCUUUGUGUACCAUUAACAAAACAAGACCUGCUUUAUAUACAAUCUCUUUCAGAACUAUAUUUCAGUAAAGUAUAAUGGAAUAAAUACCUCAAAUAUCUCAAA